AUGGACUUUAGAAAUUUAUCAACUACACCGAAUCAAAUGGACACUGUAAUGCAGCGUCGUCCUUCGCUAUCAUCGUUGUCGUCUGCCUCAGGGUAUUCUUCCUCCAAUUAUGGUGGAAAUCCUACACCCAAUCCCAACACUUCCAAUACCAAUAACAACAGUAGUGGCAAUAGUAAUAACAACACUCAUGCCAAUAAUACUCCCAAAUUGUCGACACAAAGGUUGACAAAUAAUAGAAAUUUACAAUCCUUGUGGAUAAACCAACCAUCCAUUGCCCCUUCUAACGUCGUUCCUUGGGUGGAACAGCAACAACAGCAAACACUUGAUCUGUUGGAAAAUACUAAAACAGACAAUAAUGAUGAUGCUUCUUCUUCUACUAUUAAUAAUAAUGUUAAUGUCAAUGCUAAUGCCAACGUCCAUGCCAAUGUCCAUGCCCAUACCAACACAAAUGUUAAUCCAAAUACAACAGCUACUAGUAUUAGUGCUUCCACGACUUCAAAUACUACUACAAGUAUUAAUGACACUAAUGAUAAUGCCAAAAAAAUUAAUGUUUCCAUGAUUAAUAAUAACAAUAGUAACAACAAUAAUAAUACAGGUAAUUCAAACAUUGCAAAUAUGCUUCCUUCUGUAUCUAAUGCAACGACAAUGAAUAACAGUCAUAGUGUCAAUAGCACCACAAAUAAUACUACAAAUAAUGAAGCUGAUGAUGAUGAGUUAAUCCCCACUGCAAUUGUUAUCAAAAAUAUUCCAUUUGCUAUUAAAAAGGAACAAUUGUUAGAUGUGAUGACAAAAUUAAACUUGCCAUUGCCGUAUGCCUUUAAUUAUCAUUUUGACAAUGGUGUAUUUCGUGGGUUAGCAUUUGCCAACUUUACUUCUACUGAUGAAACGUCAGCAGUGGUGAACCAAUUAAAUGGAAGAGAAAUAGGCGGGAGAAAGUUACGUGUUGAAUACAAAAAAAUGCUUCCAGCCCAAGAAAGAGAACGUAUCGAAAGAGAGAAAAGAGAGAAAAGAGGCCAAUUAGAAGAACAACAUCGCUCUGCUUCCAAUGCAUCUUUGGCUUCUUUAUUGUCAGCAGCUUCAACUACAGCAGCUACUAAAAAUUUGAGUGUAGCUGGGACAAAUCCUUCUCAUACUACAGAAAGAAUGUUUUUGAAUUUACCUUUCAACAAUUCCCUGUUCAACCUUCCACCAGUAGAAAUUAACUUUAAUGAUCUUGAAGUUUUAGAGUUGUAUACUCAAUUGGUAUUAUACCGAGAUGAUAUUACCAAGUCUACUUUUGAGUUAGCCAUAUCACCAGUGAAUUUAAAUAUUUCUCAACGGAAGAUCAUAUCGAUUUUAUGUAAUUAUUUGAAUUUAUUGGAAUUAUUUGAUAAUGGGUUGGUGAUAAUCAGAAGAAAGCCAGGAUACAUUGCUCAGUGUAUAACUCAACAAUCCAUUAUUCCCAAUUCUCAACAAGUAUCUGGUUCAACCCACCCGCAACAACAUCAGCAGCAGCAGCAUCAACAACAACAGCAUCCUUCACAUUCGUCAUCAAUGAUGAAUCUUCAUCAAUUGGGUGGUACUUUAACAGUUCCAACACAUCCCGAAUUAUUAAGGUCCCAAUCGCAAUCAGCAUUACCAUUACCAAGAUUGAGACAACAGACAUCAACACCAAUUCAACAACAAAAUCAACAGCAACUGUUAUCGCUGUCACAAGCACAAAUACAAGCACAAUCUCAACAACCACAACAACAACAAUCGCAUAUUCAACCACAGUAUAAUUUUUAUAAUCAGCAAUCUAUUCAAAGUCAACCACAAUCAGCCAGACCUUAUUCUCAAUCCUAUAAUAUUUACCAGCAACAGCAGCAACAACAAGCACUGGCCCAACAACAGCAACAGCAACAACAACAACAACAAUUACAGUAUCAACAGGGACAUCAAUCACAAGUCUCAACUCCCACUUUGAACUCUUCUAGUGCUGCUGCAUUACUCAGAUCCAGUAGUAGCAGAUCAUUUGUUGAUGUAAGAUCUACACCCCCAAUGAGUACUUUUACUCAACAGCAACAACCAAUAGCGUCAUCAAUUCAUGAUUCUCCAACUCCGCAUCAUCAUUUACCAAUUCAACAGCAGCAACAACAACAAAACCAUUACUAUUCAAAUAACAAUCAAGGGUUUGGUUCACAACCACAGACACCAUUGACCAAUAAUGCCGAUGUCAAUAGUAGAUUCCAACCAUUUGGUCAACACAGUCAUUUGACAUCUAGCUUCACGUCAUUAUCGCAAACAUUACCCAAUAACACCAAUAUUGAUGAUUUUAGUAAUAGUAUUAUUGAUGGCAAUAGUAUUUCUAAUAAAUUGAAUGCCUUGGGAUUAGGAGGAAAUGGCAAUAACGCUUCUACUACUACUACUAAUAAUAAUAAUAAUAAUAGCAACCAUCCUGCUACUAAUUCAAGUGGGUUUGAUAAUUCUACCAGUGGAAGUGGCAUUUGGGGACCAAAAUAG